AAGCACCUGACUGCGGGCGGUAAACCCCCUAACAUUGUGGGUGAUGCAUGCCGUAAUUUCACACUCUAUCAGAGAUGACAUCUGAGGAUUUGUUACAAAGCAAGUAUGAUCGCUUGUGUGUGGAAUUCAAAAAGGUACAAACUUUUCUUGGCCACUCGAUUUUUAAUCCGACAGCUAAGAAACAAGCACCACGACCUGAAAGAGUUAACAUACAAAGAACUGUCGGAGUUACAACAGCUACGGGUAAGCUACAAGUUUCAGGGUGAAAGAUGUGCAUAGGAGAAGCAACGAGAUGGAGAGUUACAUAUUCUCAGUCUUCAGAGAGAAUGUGAAUGUUUGCGUUUCCGCAAUGUCCAGUUGGAUAAACAACUUCGUCAGCUGACUGCAGGAACAGAAACCCCCCGCGUUCCGCGCUCCGGUCACACACUAGAUGCGACUACAAUUGACACCACCUUUGAGGCUGAAUCAGACGUUUUAACCGUACCCUUGGAUAGGAAGCUUACUCAUCCCAAUGAUCAUCCCAUAGGCAACUUGAAUUCAGAUGGUUCUUCGCCUCGAAGGACGAAUUCCGCGUCUCAGCACAGUGUUUCUAAAUCCCACACCGUAUCUGUGGAAACUGAUCAGCAUAUCACUGUUUUCCCUACCAAUGGUGAUCACCAUUCCGAAGACUCUGCUGCCUGUUCUGAUAGUCCCGCACCCAACGAUCCCGCCAUCAUCCUGAAAGAGCUAACUGUUGCUUUACGUGAUUGGACCAAUGCAGCUCUCUCCCAAGAGAAACGAGCGGAUUUUUCGGCGGUACACGGAGCGCUUGUAGAUAGGAUUGCACAAUUGGAGCGUCAGGUGUGCGAACUCUCUUUACAAUGCCAAUUGGAAAAGAAGAGACGCUUGAUGAAUCAAGAACAAACUGAUUCCCGUCCUUCACAACUCAUGCGGGUGGACUGUGAUGAUAACAAAACGACGGCAUGCAUGCUGCCCCAGAGAUCAUUGUCUGAAAGCCUUGUAAUUGAUGGUUUGCAACAACGUAUCCGAACCCUAACAGACCAGGCUCAGUACUUUGCCGGUCUGGCAACUUUUCUACAAGAGGAGAUCCGUUGUUUAGCGCCAAGAGUGAUCGGACUGGCCCGUGAGGCCUACUUCCAUCAAUCAGAGUCUGUCAAAUCACGGGAAUUGAUUCAGAAGAUACGCAAUGAAUUGGAUCAGGCCAACUCCGCCACUCUAAGACAAAGCAACGAGAUGGCUCAACAUAUUGCUAACUUGACGGAUGAGCUACAAGAGCUGCGCGUGGGGCUUGGCCGCAACAACUCGUUCGACACAACGUCCAACUCAUCCAAGAAGGUUUCGAUAUUCAAUGUGUUGAAACGCUAACGGUACCUGGAUUGCUUCACAAUUUGUCCAGCUCGGUCUAACUUCGAUUUACGGAUGCUGGCAGCGGAUCAAGAUCCUAUCGGAAUUGCCCUUGAUCUUACCAGAAUUUCACUGUGCUCACUUCAGUCCUUUCUUUCUUGUCCUCAUUAUUUUUGUAAAUAGACCUCUUCCGACCUCCGUUGCCAAUGGGAUACUGCUAUUCAUACACUUUCACGUAACACGUCUUCAAUUCUCACUUAGCCGUCUCAAUUUUGUCUACACAUGCCAGUGAAGAAUCUCCAACAUUGACACAACGCAAUUCUAAGCUCUCUGAAUGUUUAUACGUGAGUGUUUUUAUUACUUUGUUUACAACACGAUGAUGGAC